UCAGGGGCGGGUCGGGGCAUCCGAGCGGGUUUGACGCAAGGAGCGGCGGCGACGGAGGAGGAGGAUGGAGGCGGUGGUGUUCGUCUUUUCUCUCCUCGAUUGUUGCGCGCUCAUCUUCCUCUCGGUCUACUUCAUAAUUACAUUGUCUGAUUUAGAAUGUGAUUACAUUAAUGCUAGAUCAUGUUGCUCGAAAUUAAACAAGUGGGUAAUUCCAGAAUUGAUUGGCCAUACCAUUGUCACUGUAUUACUGCUCAUUUCAUUGCACUGGUUCAUCUUCCUUCUCAACUUACCUGUUGCCACUUGGAAUAUAUAUCGAUACAUUAUGGUGCCGAGUGGUAACAUGGGAGUGUUUGAUCCAACAGAAAUACACAAUCGAGGGCAGCUGAAGUCACACAUGAAAGAAGCCAUGAUCAAGCUUGGUUUCCACUUGCUCUGCUUCUUCAUGUAUCUUUAUAGUGGUAGCAACUGCCCUUGCUAAUCACCGUAACCUCAGCUGAGAGAGCAGAGGAAGCGAAAUCCAAGAUGCAGCUCAGUUCAUCAAAGCCUAGCAGGUCCCCUCAGCUGCCUUUUCAUGCCUGCCACACAGACUACAGUAGAACAAAACCUGACCUGGUCUUUGAAGUUAAGAGCUAAGAAAGCUUCCUAUAGUAGUAUCUCCUGUGGCACUUACCACAUUCUAUCUGGUAUUAUAGUUAUUUGUAUGCAAUUAAUCACUCUUAGAUUGUAUGUUCCUGGAGGGCAGAGUAUGCCCAUUCAUAUUUGUAUCUUCUUCCUUCUGCUCUUGGCACCUAACACAGUGCCUUGCACACAGAAACAAUAAAUGAUUGUUGAGUGAAUAAGUCAA